AUGGCAGCCACUGUAGCAGAAGCUGCAGAAGCCGGGACAGUUUCUUGGAGAGCUCCGAUGGGUGCGUGGCGACAGAUGUUGCUUGCGAGCGCGACAAGCACGACGAGUGCGACGGCGAAGGCAGCAGGAGCAAGCGGUUUCCCUUGCGGGCCCGGGGAGCUUCUCCACAAGGCUUCUGAGGCCUUGGAGGGCGACCCUUGUGAUGCCUACCGCUCUCGAGCGCUUCCAAGAAGCAGCAGAUGCGGCGUGCGACGUCCGGCCGUUGCACUCGAGGUUCCGACAGCCGAUCCAGCAGGCCAGCUGCGCGCAGGCCCGGAAGAUGUCGGUGAUGCUGGUGUCAAGCAGCCACUGCCGGGCGGUGCAAGGAAGCAGAGUGCUCGAGUUGCGGCGAUGCUCUUCGCUUUGCAACGCUGCGUUCGUCGACGAAUGGCCGAGCUUUGGUCAGAAUGGAAAGAGGCAGAGACCAACGCGGAUGAUCAAACCCAUCCUUUUGCCGGUUCUUUGUGCUCGCUUUCUUCCGUGCCGGCUGCCUCCAUCGAAGAAGAGGAGGAUGUGCCUCAGUGGCUCCAGCUGUCGCGCCUUGGCGAUGUCCGUGAGUGGUACAGAUCUCGCCAUGUCGGGAGGGUCCUGUCUCUGUGGCGGAUGCUCGCGGCGGGAAGCAGCGCGAGAAGGCUCAUCAGGAAUGUCUGCCUGCAGUUUCGCUGUCAGGCGCUGACCAGGAGAAGCUUCGGAGCGCUCGUGGGCCACUGGCGGUGGAGUUCAGCGCGGACCCACCGCAUCACGCAGGCCGUCAUUCGGUGGGUGGACGCGCGCCACCAAAGUCGCGUUCGACAAGCGCUCGGUGUCUGGAGGCUCCGCGGUGCAAAGGGUGGACUCCGCCGUCGAGGUGCCAAGGCCUUGGGAUUGUUCCUCACAGCCACCCGCCUGAGGCGAUGGGUCACUGGUUGGAGAAGCGUGGCACGUCAGGAAAGAAGGAGAUCACAAGGUUUGUCGGACCUUGCCACGAGAAAACGCCUUUGCCUUGGGCGCAAGUCUUGCAAAGUGUGGCGAGACGCUGCUCGCCGCUGUGUCGCGGCAAGAUCUGCUGCCGUCUUCUUGGAGGUCUCGCGAAUUCGGAACAUCAUCAGACGAUGGGCCGGCCAGUGGAAAGCAGAGGUGCACCGAUCCACAAGGUUGUGUUCGGCUGCAUGGCAAGGCCUCGCGCUGGAAUCGAAAAGGAUGAAGGCCGGGGCCGCUGUACAGCGACGGGGCCAUGGUCAGAGGCUCAGAUCCGCUUGGAUGCGGUGGAGCAUUGCAUCCUCGUUGAAUUCUCGUGAAGCUAUGUGUCGGCAGAGGGCAAAGACUCGGCGCCUCGGCGUCACCCUCCGGAGCUGGCAGAAUUUGCAAGCGGCCAAAGUUUUUGCCGCGCACAGCACCUUGCUCGACGCUUUCCGGAAAUGGAAUCGCGUGGUAGGUCAUCUUUUCAACGAGCGUGACGCUCGAGAGCUGAUGGUAGGAGAUGGAUGUUCGGCUUGGAGGCAGAGGCGCAGCUCCCAGUGCCUCUGGCGAAGCUUCGAGCUCUGGGGCCAGGUGGCCAGGGCCAAGAGGAAGUGGCGGCGCCGGAUCCGAGAGGCCAAAGAUGCCAUCGAGAAGCUGGCAAUCGCCCAGGCACUCUGGUUUUGGCACGGGCAUGCCAGAGAGGCAGCCGCGAAAGAGGAUCACCUCCAGCGUGCCUCCAUGGCGCUGCAGGCAAUGGUCUCCGCUUCCAGAUGGGCUCGGGCACAUGACCUGCUGAUUCGUUGGUUCGUCCGUUCCAAAGCGACAAGGAUCAUGUGCAACGAAGCCGACUUGAGUCACGAAGGGCCCUCAGCCAUCAGCCACAAGGAUGGCUCAGGGAUGUCUGAGGCAUCCGCUCACACGCCCAGGCAGCGGCUCUCCAAGGCCUCGCCCAGCCUUUCUCCAAGCUCCACGUUGGCCAGGCAUCCAGAUGCCUCUACCUGCCUUGCGUCUUUGCGGUCUCCACGGCCUCGGCGUCCUCCGGAAGAUCCGCUCCUGGAUUCGCAGCCGCAGCCUCCCACCGAACACGUGGGCGACCCGAAGGAGGAGGAGACCCCGACUGCUCCCAAGCAGCCGAGGCCGGUGCAAUCUUCUGCGGUGACCCGCUGGCUGAAGUUCACAGUGUCGCUGUGGUUGCCUGAUGCAGCGGUGCUUCCUGUCCUUCAGUGGGCAUGCUCCGCGUGGCGCGGCGCACAUCUGCAAGCAAAGCUGCGCCAUCUCCGAUGGUGGGCUUUCGUGCUCAAGAUGCGCAAGUUGAGGACGCAGGACUUGAAGCGCGACUUGAAGAGAUUGCGUGCCGCCUUCAAGGGUUGGUUCGAGGCAGUGGCGUCGCAGCUGCAAGAGGCUGUGGCGGCAGCUGAAGCAGAGCUGCGGGCCAUCAGCGCCGGCGGCCCACACGAGGAGACGGGCCUGGUUGCCAAUGGUGCCUGGAUGGAGCCGGUAACGCAGAUGGCGAUGCGGUCACACCAGAAUGCCGUAGCAGCGGCUGACGCGGCGCCAUCCACCGACGUGGACCUGCUGGUGUGGGUGUUCAGCAGCUGGUCCGCCUGGGCUCGAUUGACGAGGACAUGA